AUGCCAGGUUUGAGAAACCGUGACACCUGGGCUCCCCUGCUGCUGAAGAGCUCUCACAUCACAUCGUGUGCCAAUGGCUGUUCACUGGGAAUCACAGCACACUUAACAUACACUAACACAGACCCCAAACCUGUAGAAGGAGUGUUUGUAUACCCACUGAGCGAGCGGGAGGUGGUGGUGGGGUUUGAGGCAGUUGUUUCUGGAAGGCUCCUGAGUGUAGAAGUCCAGAGUCGAGGAAAACUGGAGGACUGCUGCUCCGACUGCUGCCCAGUACCAGGCAUUCAUGGGAAGGAGUGGACAUGUUGUGGUGGGACAAGCCAGGACAUUCAGUGUUCAAACGGUCAUCUCCUGAUGGAUGAAGAUCUAGAGAGGACUAACUUCAUUACAGGAACAGGGAUCAUUGCUCCUACGGAGGUGGUGUCUAUUGUUAUCAGUACUACUCUGGAACUCUCCACUUUAGAAAAUGGAGCUAUACAUCUGAUCUACCCUACAGUGCUCACACCCAUAGUAAGAGAUUGGCUGCAACCUGUCAAAGGUGAAACUGGGGGGCGAUCGAAUGAGACAAGUGCAACAAGGUGUUUUGGUGGUGUUUCUGGUAAGCAGGAGAAGAUACUGGAAAUGAAUGAGCAUUGCAUUCACUCACUGUUCUCUAGCCCUGCAACCAACCUCGCCCCCUAUGAACUCAACUUCCAGCUGUUGGUUCGAGGGGCCUGUCUUCUCGCAGGUCUAGAGAGCCCAACACAUGCACUGCGAGCAGAUGCAGACCCCAGUGCUCAGUCUGCCUCUGCUACUUACAUCACCCUCGCGGAGGAACACCAGUACGACCGACACUUGGAAAUCAUCUUGCACUUAAGCGAGCCUCACAGUCCAUUGAUAAUUCUGGAAAGGGGCCGGCUUACAUUCAGCCAGUAUGAGCAGCAAAUCAGUGCACGUCGGGAUUUCAUUCGCCGAGUCCCCAAAGAAGCAAAACCUGAGAAAAAACUGGAGUUUGUGAGAAAGCGUUACCACAAGGAUGUGCUAAACAACCCCGUGCUGAUGUUAAAUUUUUGUCCGGAUUUGUUGUCUGGGCCUCUGGAGCUGCAGCAGGCCAGCCGAGAGCUUCUGUUCCUGAUCAACUGCAGCGGGAACAUGACACAGCACAGCAUCAACAAGAUCAAGGAAGGUAUGCUGGUGGCCAUUAAGAGCCUUCCAAGUAGUGCAGUGGUAAACAUUGCUGGCUUCGGCACUGUUGUAAAGCCUCUGUAUACCUCCAGCAAGCCCUGCGCUGAUAUUAUUAUGGCCCAGGUAUUAGAUUUUAUACAGAAGCUACACGCAGAGCUGGUUGGCAGUAACCUCCUGGGGGCGCUCUCCUGGGUGUACCAUCAGCCCGUUCACCGUAACUGCCCUCGACAGCUCUUCAUUCUCACUGACGGCUCACUUGGCAACGUCGGACAAGUUCUGGAACUAGUCAGAAGGAAUACCUGUAAUGCCAGAUGUUUUGGACUAGGUCUAGGGUCAAGGGCCUGUAGGAGGCUCCUUAAUGGUGUUGCCAAGCUGACGGGAGGAAAAGCAGAUUUUCUCAGUGAUGAUGAAAGGCUGCAGCCAAAGCUGAUAAAGUGUCUGAAGAAGGCUCUGGAACCUGCGCUGACAGAUGUGCGCAUUGACUGGUACGUGCCAGACAACAUGGAGGCGCUUCUCUCACCCAAUGAGAUCCCUGCUCUCUACCCAGGGAACCGUUUGAUUGGCUACUGCACACUCUACGAUGUCUCUGCUUUCAAAGUUAAAAAGAAUGAUAUAAAGAAUCAGGUCAACAGGCCGUUGCCAUAUGGUUCAUUUGGGUCAGUGUUUGAGCUAUCCCAUGGCUCCUCUGAGCUGCUGCACCCAUUGGUGUCCAUGACUGAAAGAGAGGGACGAGGAGAACUAGGGCAUGAGGAAGACACUGAGGAUAUGCUUAGAGAAAAUUCAGAGUUUUCCUGUGCUCUAGCCACAGACAACAUUAGCAACUCAGCUGCUGAUGACUACGCUUCAAGUGAUGUGCGCUGGCGGAUUGAGCAGACAUCAUAUGUGCAGGAACAGUACACACUAACACGAUGCUCUCUGGGCAGUGAGAGAGGUGUGUUUUCAUCUUUCUCUCCUCCAGCUGGGUGCCUCUCUCUGGGCAUGGAUGCUGCAUCACUUCCUCAUGGCCUGGAGAGAGUGCAGCCUCAACACAGCCAGAGUCUCUCACGCUGGGACACAUCAUGGAAACAAAACCUGGCCUCACCGGAGGCAGAGUCGGGCAAGGCUGGCCGUCUGUUAGAUGUUGAGGGAGGCAUGGGCAGGCACAAGGCUUUAGCUCGUGCUGCACUGGCUGGCCGCAGUUUUUCCUCACCACAGGGGGACCUGGACAUGCACCGACUGCGAAGGGCACUGGAGAGAGUCUCAUUCGAGCAGACAGUAGGGGGCAGGCUGGAGGAGAGUGAUUCAGAGACACAAAAUAUUCCACAAGGAGCCCUAUCUCAAACAGACUCCAAUGGUCUUCUUUUCCCAGCAUCACCACUGGACUGGGAUGGUUUCACUGAUCCUGAAUCCCUAUUUGCCGCUGCUCCUGUUGUGCAAGUGCCAUGCCGGUCAGUGAUCCAUGGCCUGCUGGGAUCGAGGCCAAUGUCCUGGGAGGUCAGCAUGGACCUAUGUGUCCUCUGGAGUUCUGAAGAAGCACCACGGGACACAUGGGAUGAGAUUGUUCACCAUCUUGCAGCCCGCUCUGUCAUCCGAGAUUUUGAGAACUUGGCAGAGAAGGAGACAGACAUAGAGCAUGGUUCAUCAAAGCGAUACAGAAUGAAAGCCAUCCAGACGAGUAAGAGCUGUGGAAUCAUCUCCAUGUACACGACAUUGAGAACCACUGAUGCCACUCCCAGGAAAAUGUUGUCGGACUCCACAGACAUAAGAAAAAUGGGUGUGCAUUUUGGAAGCAGACACACAGCUGGUAGCAGGAGACAGAGAGCAUACUCUGUGGGUCGUAGGCCAUCCAGCAGAGACAGCGAGGAGAUAGACGACCCACACACCUCUACAGGUGUUGUUCCUGGCAGUCCAUCUGCUGUCUCAUCACGUUCUCAACGUUCAGUGGAAAGCAGGUCUAUGGAGAGUUUCUUCAGCUCCAGAUUUAAUCUAGGCAGACUGAGGCCUAGCCACAGCUCAGGAAGGCAAACACCUCUUAAACCUCAGUGUCUGUCUGCAGAAUCUGAAACACAGACAGACUCACAGUCUCCUGACUACCUGCCCCUGUUGCAUUUGCAGCUUGCUUCCGGUGCCUUCUUGCUGUCCGAGUCGUUCUCUGAGUGCAUUAGGAUCCCCCUGGAUCGUCUCAAGCGAGCAUCUCCCUACCUGAUCCACCGCAGCAGCUUGAGCCCCCCGUAUCACUGCAUCUCACCCUCCUCCACUCGCCACACUGCCUCAUACAAGCCAGAUGGCCAGAGUACCACACGUCCACCUCCUGCUAGCUUAGGACGACCAUAUUACACUGAUCCUCUUUGCGUUCUUCCAGAACCCUUAAGCACAGAGGAGGGCUCUGUGGAAAUCGUGGGAGGAGUCCCCCAGGCUGACAGUGGACGUGGCUCUGAAACAGACAUGUGCGAGGAGACCGAAACACACGGGGAAGAGCUGGCACAGCUGGAUGUGGAGAGCUCAAGCUGGGCAACGUCUGUGGCUUUGGCAUGGCUUGAGCACCACUGUGCAGGCUUUUUUGUGGAGUGGGAGCUUGUGGCAGCCAAGGCAGAUUUCUGGCUGAAACGACAAUCGCUUCCAGAGGGCGUAGACCUGCAGGGGCUGAGGGCAGCAGCUAGACAACUAUUCCUACUUCUGCGCCAUUGGGAUGAAAAUCUACAGCUUAACAUGCUCUGCUACAACCCAAAUUACAUGUGAUAGAACUGAGUCAGUGCAAUGCAGCAUGCUUUGAGAUCUUUGGCCCAAUUUGCAUUGGUAGAAGAACAUAUGUAGUAGAAUGUCCAAUUUCAGCAGUCUGCUACAACUUAACAGAAAAGCUCUUCUACAAGUCACAAAAUCACCUCAUGGUUUCAUAAUUCCUUUAGUGACAACCUCCAACUCUCCAAGGAUUUUAUAGAAACGUGGAUGUCACACACCAUAAGGCCAUCGUCCUGGCGAAAAAGACUUUAAACACAAUCCUGUAGUAUUUGAAACUUAUAGUCCAUCCUUACAUAACAGAAAAUGUUUUAUUUCUACAAUCUUUGAUAAAGCACUGAUGGACCUUUCACAAAUUUUCUCUACCCUUAUUCUACAUAGACGCCUAAGAAGGAAAGGAGUCAUCUUCAAACCUCUCUUAAAUGUUUUUCUUGUAAAGCAUUUAGGAUAUAUAAUGACUAGGAUAUGUAUGAGGCAACUGCCAUUUUAUGUAAAUGAAAGCAGUGUUAUAUUAGUCUAAUAACUAAUAGUAGAGAGCUGGAGCUACUUUCUGGAUGGGUUGCUUUCGUCUGCAUAUUAACUACCAGUUUUAACUUCUGACUAUACUAUGUUUAUUCUGUGCCUUGAGAAAUUGUCUUGCCUACAAUUACUGCAGGGAUUUAAAACUUUCUCUCACUGCUGAAAACUUUCUAAAAAU